UUAUAAAAUGAACAUUUAAUAUUACUUUACCAAUGUGAAAGGCAUAUUUUUGUUGGUUUUUAAGUAUAAUGUCAGUGACCCGUAGCAACUCAGGUAUAAGCUUUCAGUAGACGGAGGUUUGUGAAUUUCACAUAAAACACAUUACUAGACAACAAGGAGGUUAAUAACAUGGCGGGAACAGGAAAACUAGUAUUGAUUUCUGUGGAUGGAAGUAAAUAUGCGGAUUAUGCGCUUGAAUUUUAUGCAAAGCAAAUUAAAGCACCUGGUGAUAAACUGACACUUCUACACAUUCCACAAUUGUACUCCAUGAAGGACGCCAGUCCAGGUAUUAUGCAAGAUCUUAUGAAGAAGAUGAAGGCCGGGGCAGAUGAAAUGAAGGCAAGAUAUGUUGCUAAAAUGGCUGAACUAGGAUUGCAAGGAGAUGUACAAAUUGGAUUUGGAGAUCCAGGAGAACAAAUUUGUGCAUUUGCAGCUAAAACUCAUGCUGCUAUUAUAAUUAUGGGAACCCGAGGACUUGGUGCUAUUAGGCGGACAAUUAUGGGGAGUGUUAGUGACUAUGUACUACACCACUCGCAUGUGCCAGUUUUAAUUUGUCACAAUUAAAAAUGUCAUAUCAUUCUUAGGAAGAUUAGUUUAUAUGAUUAUAUCUAUAGAUCUUUAACCAAAACUAUAAAAAAAAACUUAUUUAUGCUUCAUUUGUAUUACUACCUUAUGUUAUCCUCUUAUAAUUUUAAUGUACCAAAAGAAAGAUAUGUACAGAAAAAAUGGAAAUGUUGAAAUAAAAAAUUAAGAGCAACACAAAUAGAUUAAUGACUGAC